CCCCACCUGGCUCUCUGCUCGCACUCUUGCCCUCAGAUCCUUCGCUUCUUUUCCGUUACUCCUUCCUCCUCCUCUCUCUCCCUCCCCUAUAUUUAUAAUUCCUUCUCUCUCUUUCUAGUCCGCCUCAAUCUCUAUCACUAGAUCUCCCGUCGCCGACCAAGCCCCGAGUACUAACCCUCUUACUCUUCGCAGGCUUUGACUUGCCUUACCGCCGCCGUGAGGGAUGGGUUUGUGCUACGGAAAGAACAUCCAUGUAGCGGAGGACGAUGGUGGCGGCAACGCUGCCGGCCGCAGUCAAGUCGCGCCUCCUCCAGCGACGGUGAACGGAACCACCCCCACCCGAUCAUCCGCCGCCAGCCCUUGGGCCAGCCCGUAUCCCCACGGCGGCGCUAGCCCACUUCCAGCUGGCGUUUCGCCGUCGCCUGCGAGGUCUACCCCUCGUAAGUUCUUCCGUCGACCUUUCCCACCUCCAUCACCUGCGAAGCACAUAAAGGCUUCCCUCCUCAAGCGCCUCGGCCCGCCAAAGCCCGUCGGGAGUCCGAUCCCGGAGGACGGCGGCGGCGGGGAGGACCGCAGGCCGGAGCGGCCCCUGGAUAAGAGUUUUGGAUAUGGGAAGAACUUUGCGGUCAAGUAUGAGCUGGGCAAGGAGGUUGGGCGGGGGCACUUUGGACAUACGUGCUCCGCUAGGGCGAAGAAGGGGGAUAUUAAGGGGCAGCUUGUCGCCGUCAAGACUAUCUCUAAAGCUAAGAUGACAACACCAAUAGCUAUUGAAGAUGUUCGUAGGGAGGUGAAGAUUCUGAGAGCUUUAUCUGGACAUGCAAAUAUGGUCAAGUUUUAUGACGCAUGUGAAGAUAGUCUUAACGUGUACAUAGUCAUGGAGAUGUGCGAAGGUGGAGAAUUGUUGGAUAGAAUCCUAUCAAGAGGAGGGAGGUACACGGAGGAAGAUGCAAAAGCGAUUGUUCUGCAAAUCCUUAGUGUGGUUGCCUUUUGUCAUCUACAGGGUGUUGUACAUCGUGAUUUAAAGCCCGAGAACUUUUUAUUCAGUACUAGAGAAGAAAAUGCUCCCAUGAAGAUGAUUGAUUUUGGUCUUUCUGAUUUUAUUAGGCCAGAUGAAAAACUUAAUGACAUUGUUGGUAGUGCCUAUUAUGUUGCUCCUGAGGUCUUGCAUAGGUCAUAUGGUACAGAAGCUGAUAUUUGGAGCAUUGGUGUUAUCUCAUAUAUCUUGCUAUGCGGUAGCAGACCUUUUUGGGCGCGGACAGAAUCAGGAAUCUUUCGAGCUGUGUUGCGUGCAGAUCCUAACUUUGAUGAUUUUCCUUGGCCAUCUGUAUCUGUAGAAGCUAAAGAUUUUGUUAGAAGGCUUUUGAAUAAGGAUUAUCGAAAAAGAAUGACUGCUGCACAAGCUCUAACUCACCCAUGGUUACGAGAUGAGGAAAGACAAAUUCCUUUGGACAUACUUAUCUUUAAGCUAGUGAAAUCUUACCUCCGAGCUACUCCUUUCAAGCGUGCUGCCCUGAAGGCUUUAUCUAAGGUAUUAACUGAAGACGAGCUUAUCUAUGUAAGGUCACAGUAUCAGCUAUUGCAACCUGGUAAAGAUGGGCGUGUUUCUCUAGAAAAUUUUAGAAUGGCCCUUCUACAGAAUGCAACUGAUGCUAUGAAGGAAUCUAAGGUUCCAGAUAUCCUAAAUGCGCUGGAGCCCCUGUCAUACAAAAAGAUGGACUUUGAAGAGUUUUGUGCAGCCGCAAUUAGCCCGUAUCAGUUGGAGGCGGUGGAACGAUGGGAGCAGAUCGCGGCUACAGCAUUUGAGCACUUCGAACAGGAGGGUAAUCGAGUCAUGUCAGUCGAAGAGCUGGCUCGGGAGCUGAACCUUACUCCGGCAAAUUAUUCCAAUGUACGUGAUUGGAUUCGGCCCGCUGAUGGUAAACUUAGCUUGCUAGGCUAUACCAAAUUUUUGCAUGGUGUCACUAUACGGGGUUCUCAUACAAGAAACCGAUAAGCCCUUUUAUACCUUUGUUUUUCACAAUAGCGCUUGCAUUUUUUUUCUUAAGAUAAUUGUAUCAAUAUUAAGCUUGUUAUAAUCAAGUCCUUCGGGCUGAUUUGUUUUAGCCUUUUUUUUCCUUUUUUUUUUUUGGCAGCAUGAUUUUGAUUUAGGGAAGAUCUGCACAGUAGAGCUUGUUUUUGCUCAAUAUGCUAGUUCUAUAGGAUGCAAAUAUGUUAUUUAUUAUGUUAUAUUUGAUAUAGUUUUAGGCUGUUUUG